ACGCUAAUCAUUGUCAAUUUGACUCUUACCAAAAUGUCACUUAACAAGGGCGACGCUACCUCGAAAAUGACCAGUCUGCUCUCAUUUCAGACCGAAAUAGAAGACAUCCACAAUCGCGAAUUGGCUAAACGGCGACUCCAGGGAGCAGCAGCCAUGGCGAAGGAGAAAAAGAACAAAGAUCCUCCGUCUAGGGGCAAAGGGAAAGCCGACGAAUAUAAGGAAAACAAGGAUCCUCCGCCUAAGGGCAAAGGGAAAGCUGGCGACCAUAACAAAAUCAUCAUUCCGGGCGAGCAUGCUGAUGGCACUGGAUUCUCCGAGGUAGAGGAGAAGAUCUUUACUAUGUUACAGUCUAAUUUGCUGAAUGACUACGAGUCGGCGCGAGAUAUGAUUGCUGUCUUGAUUACUCAAAAUUAUGGUGAAUAUGUCUUACGAAUUGGAUCACAACCACCCCACGCGUUACUAUUCUCCGGAGAGCUCACAGACUCGUCGGAUGGAUGGACAGGACCCGACAAGACUCCGGAAGACUUGGACACCUUGCGGCAAAAGAUUACUGAUGCUGUGGAGGGGAUUGGUGGUAAGGUUUCUGUGCUCUGCGAAGUUAGGACCGGACAUCCACGUAUAUCGCUCCUCCUACGGCUCCCCCCUCCAAACGUUUCUCUCACUCCCGAAGUUCGAUGUGCCGUAGUGGGAAAUGUGGACAGCGGGAAGUCUACCACCUUGGGUGUGCUGACGCGCGGUGCAUUGGACGAUGGGAGAGGUCGGGCGCGAAUAGCACUCUUUCGACAUAAACACGAGAUUGAAACUGGCCGGACCUCCAGUGUUGGAAUGGAGAUCCUUGGUUUUGGACCUUCGGGCGCCCCGAUCCUACCUAGCACCGCAAAUUCUUCUGAUCCAGACGUUAUACGAAGAGAAAAGUUGGGUUGGGAAGAGAUUUCUAUACAAGCUGCUAAAAUUGUCUCCUUCAUUGACCUUGCUGGCCAUGAGCGAUAUCUCAAAACUACUCUCUAUGGACUAACAUCUGGCGCCCCUUCCUGCGUCAUAUUAAUUGUCGGCGCUAAUGCGGGUUUGAUUGGAAUGUCCAAGGAACAUUUAUCCAUUGCAUUGGCUUUGAGUGUACCGGUCGUCGUUUGUAUCACCAAGAUUGACAUGACCCCAUCCAAUGUGGCUGCAGAGACCAUCAAACAAGUUGUCAAGAUACUAAGGAGCCCCGGGUGUCGCAAAAUACCCGUUUUCGUGAAAUCUUUUGAGAUAUCCGUUGAAAUUGCGACUUCUUUCGGAAAAGACAAACUCUGCCCUAUAUUUCAAGUGUCGAAUGUCACUGGAGAAGGCCUUGACUAUGUCCGCACAUUCCUCAACCUGCUUCCUUCGAGUGAGGCGGACAGCGAAAAAUUUGCUGCGAAUCAGCCUCUAGAGUUCUCUAUCACUGACGUGUGGUCAGUGCCUUAUGUGGGCACAGUCGUAAACGGGAUCGUGAACAACGGUAGCGCCGAGACUGGUGACGCAGUGAUGCUGGGGCCGGAUUUUAACGGGAAUUAUUUGAGCACCGUCAUCAAGAGUAUGCAUAAGAAAAGAGCCUCGAUAACGACGGCUGAGGCAGGCCAGUGUGUUGCCUUCGCCCUGAAGCGGGUACGAAAAGCGGAUAUCCGAAGGGGGAUGGUUUUGGUGAGCAAAUCGGAGUCACCUCCCCGUGCUAUACGGCAAUUUGAGGGACAAGUCCUCAUUCUAUACCAUAACACCACGCUGCAAAGAAACUACCAGGCCAUGCUACACUGCGGCGCUGUAAGGCAAACGGUGAGAAUCAUAGGAAUGGAUCAUCCCCAAGGAGUUCUUCGAACGGGGGACCGUGCUACGGUGCAGUUUGAAUUCAUUUCCCACCCCGAAUUUGUGAAAGAGGGAAUGAAACUAUUAUUCCGAGAGGGUAAGACAAAGGGUCUUGGGGUCAUAACACGGUUAUUAUAGCGUACAGGUCUGAAGUUGUAUCCUGUUUAUAGGUAUGUAAAUGUUGUACAACCCAUUUGUGAUGGACACUGUUGUUUUACUUCAUUCGGGUGCUGUCAUGUAGAUGACCGUUGUGUAUUUUUGUUAUGCUACAUUGGCCCUGCCUGCCGUUGCCAAGAGAUUUGAAAUAUGAUCC